GUGAGUGCAAGUGGGUGUGUUUAUUGUGUGUAAGGGGGAGAGAGAGAGAGGUUUGGUACGAAUCAGAUGGAGGAUAAUGGGGGAAGCGGUGGCCGAGAUGACAUCGGAGAAGAAGCGGCGGCGGCCCCAAGGGCGGGGGCGCCACCGCGGCCUACCAUAACCCUCCCUCCCCGCUCCUCCUUCGAGGGCCUCUUCCGCGGGGGCGCGUCGGAGCUGAGCCCCGGACCGCUGACGCUGGUGUCGAGUUUCUUCGCCGAGGACCCCGACUCGGAGUGCCGCUCCUUCACUCAGCUGCUUGUCGGCGCGAUUAAUUCUCCGGUGGCGGUGGCGAGGAGGACAGGAGGAGCUACGAAAGAGCAGGGGAAGGAUGCGAAGAAGCUCUCGAGCGACGGCGAGGAGAGUGGUGGCGGUUUGGUCCGUUCGGGGUACAAUCAGCCCCCAAGCCUGGCGAUUAACCACCCGCAGAUUUUCACUGUGCCGCCUGGGUUGAGUCCUACUGACUUGCUCGAUUCUCCUUCUUUCUUUUCUUCUGCCCUGGGUAAUUUUGCAAUGUCCCACCAGGAGGCUCUUGCUCAAGUCACUGCUCAGGCUGCACAAUCUCCAUUUAGUAUGCUGACCAAAGCAGAGCUACCUUCACCUUUCUCAACAGAAAUGACAAAAUUCUCAUCACAACCAAUCCAGGAGAGUCCUCCUAAACCUACAUAUUCUAGUACAAAAUCUGAGGAAGGUUCACAAACUUUUAAUCAAAAAUCUCAACCUAAUACAACUGUUGUUGGCAAACCUUCUCAUGAUGGUUACAAUUGGCGGAAGUAUGGGCAGAAGGUUGUAAAAGGGAGUGAAUAUCCUAGGAGCUAUUACAAAUGCACUCAUCCAAAAUGUCCAGUUAAGAAAAAGGUCGAGCGUUCAGUUGAUGGUCAAGUAACUGAAAUAACAUAUAAGGGCCAACAUAACCAUGAACUCCCUAUACCAAACAAACACACCAAGGAAGGUAAUUCUAGUAGAUUGAAUGAGACUAAUGGGCACAUUGACAAUCUGGAACCAGGUUUUCUUGAUUGUCAUGGUAAUUUCAGCAAACCAAACAGUGAAAACACUGCUCUGUUUUCCAGUAAAGACCGAGAAUCAGGCUAUGGUUCACCAGAACAAUUAUCUGGAUCUAGUGAUGGUGAAGAAGUAAUUGAAAGUAGGCCGGAUGAGGAGGAUGAGGAUGAGUGUGAUCCCAAAAGAAGGAACGUGACAGCAUCUUCUCAAAAGACUUCUAAUGAGCCUAGGAUCAUCGUCCAGACAAGAAGUGAGGUUGAUCUUCUUGAUGAUGGCUACAAAUGGCGCAAGUAUGGGCAAAAAGUAGUAAAAGGAAAUCCUAAUCCAAGGAGCUACUAUAAAUGCACUUAUGCUGGGUGCAGUGUGAGAAAACACAUUGAAAGAUCUCCGACCGACCCCAAGGCUGUAAUUACGUCUUACGAGGGAAAACACAACCACGACAUCCCAGCUGCUAGAAAUAGGAAGCCAUAAACAGUGAUGCCAAAGCUGCUCCCAACCCUGCAUAACAUGUGAAAUCAUCGCGGAAAGCCAAUAUUAUUUCUCCAACUUAAAGAAGCAGAUAAGCAGUAGUAUGAGUCUUUCGCUGGCAAUGCCUUUCAAGUUAGAGCAAAGAUCAUGGAGCAUGAACUGCAUUUUUAGGUGCCACAGAUUUGAAAGAAAGUUCAACAAAGGCGCUUAAACAUACUCUACUGUAACAUUAUUCAACCCCGUCGUAGUUCUGUAUUUGUUGUUGUGUCAUUAGUGUGCUGGUACAUGUUUGUUGAUUGCAAUUAUCUUAUGUAUUAUUUUUAAAUUGUAGUUAGGCAAUUCACAUUUUCUGUUGUAUAUCAUUUGUGCAACAUAAAAUGAGAAGAAAAAAAAUUGUAAAUGUGUUCCAUUUGUGUCCAAGAUAUGGGCACCAGGAGGAGAAAUGGUAAAUUAUGGAUUUUUUUUUUAUUUCA